AUAAUAAUAAUAAUAAUAAUAACGUCGUCAGUGAAACUAAACGAAUGACAAAACGUAAAACUCCAAAGAGAGGAUUAUUCUGGAUAAAAGAAAAUGAGAGUAAUAAUCGAUCUCUGUUGAAUAACGAGUGGAAAUGUUUCAUUGGUAAAAAUCAUCGUAGACUUCUACAAAGUUACGACGAGAGUUUGGAGGAAGAUCUAGUUAGCAACGAAGGAUCGACGAGGGAUGAGAUAAGUAAAGUCGGCAAAAGUUGUCGCGAAAAGAACGACGAAAGGAAGCUGGGUAACGAAAAGUCAGCGAUUAAUCGAGACGAAGAACAACGGGAUAAUAUCGACGAGGAUUCGAAGGAAAAUUUUGAAGGGAACGUGAACGAGGAAAACGAUGAAAGGGAUAAUUUGAAAGCGGGAAGAUACGUAAGGACGUUGGAAAGAGCAAAGAAUCCGUACGAUGCUAGAGUGAACAUGAUGAUAAAGCAACGAAUAGCACAGAAACACAGGGAGGAUGAGAAAAAUCAUGUUAGAAGGAAGCGUUAUCCUUUGGGUAUAAUCGAGUAUUACGAUUACGACGAGGAGAUUAACGAACGAUCGAGAGAGUCGCAAGCUAUCGAUGAUAACGAGCAAAAGAACGACGAUAAGAAGGAAAGUCUGUUUGGCUCGAGUUUAGGGCUUGAUGAUAACUUGCGAGAAUCUCAGAACGAUACGUUGAUGAAGAAGAAGAAUGAACAAGCCGAGGAACAAGAGAAAGAGAAGAAAAGAAAAGAGCAAAUGAAGAACAAAGAGCCAAAGCAACAAUUCCUCCUCGAACAAGUACCAGCUAAGAACGAGAAUCCAUCCAAGUUUCUGAGGAGCAAGGUCGCGCUUGAAGAUGAGAGAGAGGAGGAUAACAGCUCGCAAAUGAAUCGAGAAAAGUCAUUUUUAAAGGAGGCCGCCGCUUCCGGCGAGUUUCGCAAUGAGAAAUCAUCUGGUCGAGGUUGUCGAACGAAAUGGUCGAACAAGAGGAAGAAACAAGACGAAUAUAAUCGGGUGAUGGAAGAACCUAAUCAAGAAUUUGUAAGCGUCGAGAGAGUCGUACCGAAGGAAUCUCUCGAAUAUAUAUUCCAAGGACCAGAAACUCUCCAACGAGAAAUAGUCGACGUUGUUUUCGGUGACGUACAACCAAUCGAAUUUCCGGAACGUAAGAAAAAGUUGGACAGUUUCGGAAAGACUAGUAGAUUGGGAAGUCGACUCGCGAUGAAGAAAUUAGAUGAGAAAGAAUACGACGAUAUCGACAACGUGUUGUACGAGGAGCUGAAGAAAUUAUACGAUUGGGAGGAUAACGAGAAUAAAAAUGGACCUCGGCUUAAAGGCGAUCAACGAAUGCAUCAGGAAUCCGACGACGAUCUCGAGAAUAAGACGAACGACAGCAAUAACAAUACGUCGGCAAGUAAUUACAUGGCUUUAAAGAAGACGGACGAUCUGUUUAAAGGUGGAGUAGAGCAAGGCGACAUUUUCGAGGAGAGAACAUCAAACGGAACUAAGAAUCAUCAGUCGAAUCCAAACUAUAGUAAUAUCGGCAACAUCGAAUGGAAAGUGAUCCCCGUAGUGGAAACUAUAAAUGAUUCACGUUCCAAAUCAAGCGGAGUGCUUCGAUCGGGGUUAUCCAAGCGAAAAACUGCGCCCGAGACCGAUUCAGGUUCGCCUUAUGAAAAUGGAAAGUACCACGAUUCCAUGAACGAACUAGAAGAGAACGUUCCGAGUAUCGACGGUGAUAAACGCUCGCUUCUCGAAUCUAAAGAUAUGCACGAAUCGUUCGUAGAGCCUAUGGAUCGUAUCGAUGAUUUCGACGACGACAUUAAAGUUAGAUUGGGAAGAGGCCUGAAAACGAUCAACGAUGAUUCUAUUAAGAACGAUACGUCCAACGAUACCUCGACUAAUGUUCCUUCUAUAAAUAAUGAAAAUCUAACAACGACUAUGAACAUUGUAAAAAUGUCUACGAAUUACGAAAUAAAUACAAUAAAUUCGUCGUAUUAUCCCCGAGAAAUCAAUGAUAAUUCUAACGAAACGAUAAAAAAAAAUGAAAAAAAAAGCAGGUCGAGCAACGAAAGCCAUUCGACCGUGAAUAGCGUUAAAAUCGAGUCUAGUAGCCGCCCUCGGUUGGAACCAUUGGCCAAUAGGAAUGCAUCGAGAGUGAAACGAGAAGGAAAUUCUUACUCGUUAAAUUACGACGAGGGAAAUCCGUACGAUACGUAUUAUUCACAUUCGAACGAUAUCACGAAAGAUCUUUACACGAUUGACCCUUACAAAUACAAAGAAAACGAUAAUACGCAUUUGAAGUAUAGCGAUUUGAACGAUCUUUAUAAAUCGAACGAAGACGAUUCGAACGGUAGAAAGAUUAAUGAUCGGAAAAAGAACAAAAAUAAAAGGAGACGAAACAAGAAGAAAAAGAGGAAGAGAAAGAAGAAUAAGAAUAAGAAAAGAAAGAGGAAUAAGAAAAAGAAUAAGAAAAAUUCCAAAUGGAAAAUGACCAAGAAACGUGCUAGAAAUUUGAACAAGGACGAGAGAUUCGAGUUUCUUGGCGAUUCGAAAAGGAGGAGGAAACUUUCGAAACGUCGUCCCUUUGCGAAUUUUCGGGAAAUCGUAUGGAGGAAGGGACAACAGCGUCAGAGGAAGAAGAAAAAUAUGGGCGCGAAGAAGAGGAAGGAAGUGGAAAAGAUCGAGAUGAAAAAGUAUCGUGAAACGGGAACGGCGAAGGGAAUUCGAAGGAAUUCUAAUGCUGAUAUCGUAGCUGGCUCUAACGUUAUUCUACAGGAGAGUGUGAACGAUCAAAACACAAUGAGAGAGAAGGAGACGGAGGAUGAGGAUACGCGUAGAAAGAAGCUCGCUAUGCUCCUGACAGCUGACAACAUGGAAGAUGAAUCUCAAAUGGAUUUGGCUCUUCAUGGAGAAUUGGCUGGAAAAAUCGUCGAAAACAUUUUCGAACAAGUGCAAAAGAACGAAGCCCUUAAGGUAGCUCUUGGUCCGGGUCUUUACAGAAAGAACAAACCCGAAGAUUCGACCGAGAAUGAUAAGACUUAUCAGGGAUUCGAUGACGGCGAGAUAAAACAUACCGAGAAGACGAUGAAGAAAGUUAUGGAACUUCUUGGUCGACUAGUGUUGGACGAAGUCCAAAAGAAAACUUGCUCGGCAUUACCACCGGACAUGCGACAAUUUUUAGAGUGGAUGUUGGAAGUCAACGGAAAGAAAGAAUCGGAGGAACAAACACCUUUAUUACCAUUGGUACAAGAUAAAGAAACGACCGAACAUCCGUCGGACGACAAGAUACUUUUUCCCAAAACUUCCGAUCAAGAACCUGAUAAAGACGUCAACGAACUCCACAAGAAGGUUCGAAUAUUACAGAAUCUUAUAAACCAGUACAACGCUUUAUCUGCCAAAGAGAAGAUACAAGUCCAGACUGUCCACAAUUAUCUGGUCAGACAAUUGAAUUUGCUUUUACAUUACAUCGAGAUGAAGGAAAAAUCGGAGAAAAAUAAAACUGGCCCAAAGACCGUACCGUCAAGACGUAACGCAGAAUUUAUUCUUCGUUACGAUAAUGCCUCGCCAAAUGUCGAAUUCGAUAGGAAUCUCACUUCGUCCAAGGACGCGAACGUAUCCGACUUUUGGAAAUUCGACAAUGUUACUUACGCGUCGGACGUUGAAAGAAAGAAACGUCGGCCUAUUCGAAGUUCCAAUUAUUCCGUUAAUAAAAAACGACGAAAAAAGCGUAAGAAACGUAAACGUAAACGUCGUAGGCGAAAUGAAAGAAGGUACGAUAAGAAAGAGACGCCGGAGUAUCGAAAACUUGCACGUCACGCUGCUAUGAUAAGACAAAAACGUGGGGAUAAUUUGGAGGAUGAAUGGGAUCAAUUUGAUUUCAAAUACGAACAGCCAGAGAUCUAUAAAUCUAUGAGUAUUUUGAACGACCAGAACGGGAAAAUAAGAGACGGACGAUCGACCGACCUAAAGAAAAAGAGAGAAAUCCGAAAAAGAGACAAUGUUACUAUCGCAAAUCUCUAUAACGAUAAUUUCGACGAUUUACCGGUGAAAGGUAAAAAUCUUGCCGAGGACGAGAUGAUACUCCUUAAUAAACGCGAGUCGUGGAAAAAGCAAAACGAGAGACAACUCGAAGAGGUGGCCUUCGGUAAGGAUAUGCGAAACAAGCUUAGAGAGGAAGAACAAUUCGAGAGAUUGACGGGAAUUAAAGGGAAGAAGAUUGUGAACGAUGAGAAGCCAAGGGAAAAACGAGAAAAUAAUAAAAUAGAAAAGAUCGAGGAGGGUAAGAAGACUUUCAUCCGAUCGACUUUAAAUAACGUCACGAUAAAUAUUAACACUACUGUUGUUUCCUAUUACGAACUAACGACCGUUCACUCGUCUCCCAAUUUUGUUAAUGACAAAACAAUUUCGUUGAAAAAACCAAACGAUACGAGCGAGAACGAAGAAAAAUUAAAGAUGAUGGAACGAGGGAUCAACGUUUAUGCCGAUGACAAAAAUGAGACGUCGCGGACCACGGAAAAAAAGAAAAAGAAAAAGAAUUGAAAUCGAUUAACGACGAAGCUUAUAUAACGACGAACUCGAAAAGAUUAUAUUAUAUUCACCGAUUACAAGGUAGAGAUACGAUAAUAA